AAUAUUUCUUCCCCACCAGCGCUUCAACAUUCUGAGCUGGCAACAUGGCGAGUGUUCGCGCUGCGUCUCGUCUCCUUUCCAGGAGGGCGAUCUCUAAUAUUAAAGCAGUUCCUGCUGCUGCAGUUCAAAAUUCAAGGAACUUUCACUUCUCCAUCUACGGCAAAAAGAAUAAUGCCAAAGUUUCAGAUGACAUAUCCACUCAGUAUCCAGUGGUGGACCAUGAGUUUGAUGCAGUGGUGGUGGGAGCCGGAGGAGCGGGGCUGCGGGCCGCUUUCGGCCUGUCUGAGGCCGGCUUUAACACUGCCUGCGUCACCAAGCUCUUCCCCACCAGAUCCCACACUGUUGCUGCACAGGGUGGGAUCAAUGCGGCUCUGGGAAAUAUGGAGGAUGACGACUGGAGGUGGCAUUUCUAUGACACAGUGAAGGGAUCUGACUGGCUUGGAGACCAGGAUGCUAUUCAUUACAUGACGGAGCAGGCUCCUGCUGCUGUCGUGGAGCUGGAAAAUUUUGGCAUGCCGUUCAGCCGCACUGAGGAUGGGAAGAUUUACCAGAGAGCCUUUGGAGGUCAGAGUCUGAAGUAUGGAAAAGGAGGUCAGGCUCAUCGCUGCUGCUGUGUAGCAGACAGAACAGGUCACUCGCUGCUGCAUACUCUUUAUGGAAGGUCACUCCGUUAUGACACCAGCUACUUUGUGGAGUACUUUGCUCUGGACCUGCUGAUGGAAGAUGGGCAGUGCAAAGGAGUGAUCGCUCUCUGCAUGGAGGAUGGAUCUAUUCACCGCUUCAGAUCCCAAAACACCGUCAUUGCCACAGGAGGCUAUGGAAGAACCUAUUUCAGCUGCACAUCUGCCCACACAAGCACAGGAGACGGAAACGCCAUGGUGACCAGAGCUGGUCUGCCCUGUCAGGACUUGGAGUUUGUGCAGUUUCACCCCACUGGGAUCUAUGGAGCCGGUUGCCUGAUCACAGAAGGCUGCCGUGGUGAAGGAGGAAUCUUGAUCAACAGUGAGGGAGAGCGCUUCAUGGAGCGUUACGCCCCCAACGCCAAAGACCUGGCCUCCAGGGACGUGGUGUCCCGCUCCAUGACCAUAGAGAUCAGGGAGGGCAGGGGUGUCGGUCCAGAGAAGGACCACGUGUACUUGCAGCUUCAUCAUCUGCCUCCUCAGCAGCUGGCCGCAAGGCUGCCCGGUAUCUCGGAGACGGCAAUGAUCUUUGCUGGAGUUGACGUCACCAAAGAGCCCAUCCCCGUCCUGCCCACAGUCCACUACAACAUGGGAGGAAUCCCCACAAACUACAAAGGACAGGUAAUCGAUUAUACAGAUGGUAAGGACAAAGUGGUGCCUGGACUUUACGCCUGCGGUGAGGCAGCUUGUGCGAGCGUCCAUGGGGCCAACAGGCUGGGUGCUAACUCCCUGCUGGACUUGGUUGUCUUCGGGAGAGCCUGUGCCCUCACUAUUGCUAGUGAGCACAAACCUGGAGAGAAGCUGUCGCCCCUGAAACCCAAUGCAGGAGAGGAGUCUGUGGCCAACAUGGACAAGCUCCGGUUUGCCAGUGGGAGUCUGAGAACCUCUGAGAUCCGACUUAACAUGCAGAAGACCAUGCAGAACCACGCUGCCGUUUUCCGUACCGGCUCAGUCUUGAAAGAAGGAUGCGAUAAGAUGGACGACAUUUACCAGACCCUGGAUCAAAUAAAAACCUUCGACAGAGGCAUUGUGUGGAACACAGACUUGGUGGAAUCAUUGGAGCUGCAGAACUUGAUGCUGAAUGCUGUUCAGACCAUCCACUCUGCUGAGCAGAGAAAGGAGAGCAGAGGAGCCCAUGCUAGAGAGGACUUCAAAGUUCGCGUGGAUGAGUUUGAUUACUCCAAGCCGCUGCAGGGUCAGGAGAAGAAACCCUUCGACCAGCACUGGAGGAAGCACACACUGUCUUACGUCGACCGCAAAACUGGAAAGGUGACCCUGAAGUACCGUCCCGUCAUUGACACCUCCCUGGAUGAAGAGGACUGUGCCCACGUUCCCCCCGCCAUCAGAUCCUACUAAUAUCUCAAACCCAUCCAUGUUCACUUACUCCUUACUCAGUUACAGAAUGUUAGUCAUACUGCUCUUCAAUAAAAUCCCGUCUGUAGCAAGAGAUCGCAAUGUAAAACAGUCAGUGGCGUGUCUUUGCAGAGGUUAAACGCAGUGUCGUCUCAUCAGCUUCCAGUGCUUCGUGUCACUCGUGACCUACCAUCCAGUUUGGCUUUUAGUUGCAUCGCAUGUGAUGUACUAAAUGUUUCAGUAAUUCUCACCUAUACUCCAGAGUGAAGAGGCAAUGAGAAUGAUGGUAGUUCAACUUCUCUGAGACAGAAGGAAGACUUUAAAGUAUGUAAAUAUUGCACAAGUGCACAAGCAAUGCAGUGAUGCUCACCACCCCUCACUCCCUGCAGCUUUUUAGGGUUUGAAAGUAUUUACUGAUCAAACAUCGCUUAAUAUUCUUCUGAUGUUGUCAUCAUUAUGCCUGCUCAUACGUUUUGUUGUUGUUGCCUUUUCUCUGAACUCUGAAGAGAUUUUGAAUAAAAAGGGCAGUAAUUGCUGCAGUGCACAGGAAUAAAUGGGGAUUUGAAAAAAGAAAACUGUUCUGAGAUUUCCCUGUGUUUGUGUGGCAUUGCAUCUAAAUGCAUAAAUCUUUGCAUUUAUAUUGACGGUUGUUAGGAAUCAAUAACCAGGGUGUUUUAAUUUAUUUGAAAAACAGUAAAAAAAAAAAAUAUUGUUUUGCCAUUUGUACUGGUUUCCAUACCUUCAAUAAAAUGUCUGCUAUAAUCGGAAGAAA